AUGGCCGGCGAGUUCAGCGAGAAAGUUGCUCUCGUCACGGGUGCAUCAGGCGGUAUAGGGUAUGCCUGUGCCCAUCUGCUUGCAUCUCGAGGCGCGAGUGUGGCUCUCCUGGAUCUGGCGGACACCACAACCCGAGCUCAACAACUUGAAGACCUUUUUGGAGUUCGGACACUACCUGUUUGGGUCGACGUGACCAAGAGCGAGGUGGUGAGAGACGCGGUGGCAAAGGUUGUGUCGUGGGCCGGCCGUCUCGACUUUGCAGUCAAUGCAGCAGGCAUUCUGCCCAAGGGCGUUACCAUUGAUGCGACUGAUCCUGCCAGUUGGGCUGCGGUGAUCAAUGUCAACCUGACUGGUACCUUUCACUGUAUGCAACAAGAGAUUCGAACCUUUCUCGAGCUUGGGGUGCCGGGAUCAAUCGUCAACCUUUCCUCAGAUGCGGGUACCAUUGGAACGAUAGGAUGCGCAGGCUACGUUGCCUCCAAGCAUGCAGUCAAUGGCCUCACCAAGACGGCAGCGCUCGAAUACGCAAAGAAGGGCAUCCGUGUCAAUGCCGUGGCGCCUGGAAAUAUCGACACGCCCAUGCUGAGCCACCUCGGUUUAUCUGCUGAUGAACUGGCUCACGCGACUCAGCCCUCAGGUAAACUGGGCAAGCCUGAAGAGGUGGCCGAGUUGAUCUGCUUUUUGCUUUCUGAGCGUGCGGAGUUCAUGACUGGGUCUAUUGUGGCGAUUGAUGGAGGUACUACAAUUGCUGGCUUCUCGAAUGGUGAUACAUCGGGUGCAUAUAUUGGGUAG